AUGGACUCAAACUUCGACGACACGAGGCUCUUUACCUACACGGAUGCAGAACUUGCCGGCCACGUCACUUCUCUUCCCAGUUUACCUAAUUUUUCCAAUGUUAUACCACUAUCUUCUAAGUAUUUGGCCAAGGGCUAUGCAGAGGAUGAGCUUGAGGAUGCUGCGGAAUCUAUGAAAUUCGCAGGUCAGCUUGGUAUCCAUGUCCCACACAUUCAACGAAUUAUCCAGGUCGAUGAUGCGUUUUAUUGCAUUAUGGAUCGGAUUCCUGGAACAACACUUGAUAUGGCGUGGCCAGAGCUUGGUUGGAUAGCAAGCCUUCGACUUGCCUUCCAACUUCGUCACGUCAUCCACCGCUUGAGGUCGGUUGUUUCAACCUCAUCUGGAUCACUGGCAACUGGCAAAUGCAGGUCAUAUUUUCUCGAAGAUUCUUUCGGCUUGCCACCUAGAGCUACCUUUCAACAGGUCAAUGCUUUCUUGAAUUUCUGGGCCAAUUUUGUCUCGCUCCGCCAUGAGAUUAAGAAGACACCGGCAGAGCAUGUGACCUGCCCGAGACCGGUGUUUUCAUACAGUUGCCCAUUUGUCUUUACCCAUCAUGAUCUGGCGCCUCGCAAUAUCAUUCUCGACCGCGAAGGGCAACUAUGGUUUAUUGAUUGGGAUUGCGCCGGAUUUUAUCCCAAGUUCUUCGAGUACGCCGGCAUGCAUAACUUCAUUCCCACGGCGUGGACCAAGUUCGCGUUGUGGCGAUGGAACCUAUUCGCCUGGGUUGCAGGCGGGUUUUACGAUAGGGAAUUCCAGUGGUUGGAAACGAUAAGAUCUCGCUUUACGCGCUUCCGUCCAGCACGUCGGUUCAAUAUGAAAGCAAACGGGUAUGCUGCUGCUGCCGGCAGGACCGACAAUGACUCUUAA